AUGCUCCAGGAAGUGCACACAUCAAUGAAAGCUGACUUCCAAACAGUGAUCACUGACAUCCGCAACGAAAUGCUGGAAGUGGGAACACGUGUGGUCACUCUGGAAGAGAAGGAAGAUGAACUCUGUCUGGCUAAUUAUGAAAUGAUGGAGAAAAUCUGUAGAAUGGAAGCAGACCAAAAACACCUUAUGGAAAAAAUUGCAGAUCUGGAGGACCGCUCCCGCCACAACAACAUCUGUGUGCGUGGGUGCCUGAGACAAUACCAAAUGAGGAGCUGCCGAAUUACUUGCAACAGCUCUUUUGAGUAA